AGCAAACACAGGAGGCACUGCAAGCACUGCAAGCACUGCAAGCAGCCAUCCCUGCUCCUGCAGCACAGACCCCCGCAUCCCCCCACGGGCUCCAGGUAAGAGCUGCCCCAUGGAUGGGGGGAGGGCUGCCCCACUCUGCCGCCCCACACUUCUCUCCCACGGUCCGAAGUCCCCCAUUAGCUGAAUCAGGGCUGGAGCACAGCCCCACCUUCCCUCUCCCUUCUCUCCUUCCUCUCCCCCUUUCUCUUUCUUUCUCCUCAUAAAGUUAAGCAACCGAGGCUUAUUUCAACUUCCUAUGAAGUCACAGAGUUUACCCAGAUACGACUCUUAAGAGUGCCAGCACUUUUCAAGUCAGUUUUAAUGAGAAUCACUGUACUUUGGUUACGGCUGCCUUUGGAUCUGAGUGUCCUUAAUGGAACUGAGGGGGUUUGUGGAUGUGGUCACCUCCCUGGGCAGGAGGUGACAGAGUGCUCCUUUGGGAGGGAGGGGAGCAAACUGUUGGUGUUCAAUGGGAUCCACUGUGAACACCACACGAUAAAGCAGAGCACAGAAGGGAUAACACAGCAGCUUUUUCUCCUUAACUACAGCCAGCUGUUCUGCUCAUAAAUCAAAGCUUGUCCUGCUUUUACGGACGUGUAACCAAAGGCCAAUAAGCAGAACCAGAGUUCUGCAUAGAGAGCCGAGGAUCCGCCAGCAGGAUGCAUCUCCAGCUCCCCCCAUAGGGAUGCAGGGAGAGGAGUGGGGAUGUUGGGGUCUGGGGGGGUCGGUGCAGAUCCAUGAGAAGCACACCCAAAAUGCUGGGGAACAUUCUGGCACCCACCGAGCGCCCCUCCUUCCUUAACCCAUCACCUCCACCACUUUCACUUCCUUCAAGGCUUCGACCAAACCGUUUUCCCAACACUUUGUUUCGAAACAGCAGAGCUCUGCCGGGCACCAACGUGGGGGAAAUGCAGAAGCACUGCAAAGCAACAGCUACAGAGCAGCAAGAAAUUGCUCAAGAUGUAUUUUCUUUAAGCCUCUGUGAGAGCAACGCGGUAAUUAAGGCACUGAGGAGCCCAGCAGGUGGUACAGAGGUUAAAUAGCCAUGCCCAGCUCAGGUUGCUGUGCUAUGUGAUGGUAUACGCAGCAGAUAAAACGCCUGCUGGAAGAGCAGCCAUGGGCUCCAACAGCAAAGCUCCCUUACAAACAGCCAGCUGUGCCCUCAGCCUAACCCAGGCCUGCAAGCUGCACAACAAAUGGGGAUGAGCCUGACUAAGGUUAAUUAGCAAGGCACAGCUGCUAUCAAGGCCUCUCCAUGUGCCCUCUGAAAGUAACCCCAUGCAAGUUGUAUUCUUUGGGGGGAGGGGGUUAUUAUCCUCCAAAACUAACAGGAAGAUGUUUGGUUGUAACCUUCUGCUCGUAUCCCAGCUCAUUUUGCACAUCUUCUUUCCUAAGGCACGACUGCACCCCUCCCCUUGGGCCGAGAAUCCCUACAGCUGCUGCAGGAUGUUUAAAAAAGUCACCCAGAAAGUAGCAAAGCAAAUGGAUCCCAAAGGAGAGCUGGUUCCUGUCCACAGCAUCUCAGACCAAGACCACUUCAGGCUCCUUUGCCUGGUUCGAAGGAAGAGGACAGCCAGAUUCCAGCCGUCCCCCUCGUACAGACGGACAGAAUACAGUCUCCACGACGUGCUGCUGCCUGCAGAGGAGAGGGACAGCGUUGGUAAAGCCCACAUCUCUCCUUCUGCACCUCCCUGCUUUCUCUCGGUGGCCAACCGAGGGCUCAUCGCAGUGUGUGUAACCACACUGGCAGUAACACAGCGCAUCGUUGCAGAGUCCCUCCUUCCCAGCACAGACAGCCACGGCCCACGGGAGUUCACCACCACGGGAAGCACCAAAGACAGAGUGGAUGGCACCCUGAGCAUUCCCAUUGACCGCGCAGAAGUGGAGCUGGGAGGAGCUGCCUCAACGGCCAAGCAAUGGCACGUCAAGCUGGAAAAGAAGCACAUCCUGGUACCCAAACUCGAGGCUCUGAGAGAGAAAAGGAAAAUCAACAUGAAGCACACCUUCAUCGAGCAGCUGAGGAAGGUGAGGCAGAACUUGUAUGUGAUCCAUGAAACGAUUGAGACCUCAGAGGAGGCCAGAUAUGAGGAGUCCACGGAGGCGGAGGCGAAGUUCAUGGCUCAGCUUUACGCCAAGUUCUCUGCUAAGGGCACCACCGGGAGCAAACAGAGCAUAACCAUCCCCAGGGGCUGCACGUUGGCCUUCAGGGCGAUGCAGCUGAGCAUCGGGGACGCAGCGUGGGGUGUUAACCAUUUUCCAGAGAAUAAUCAGCCAACGUUUGCAUCUGAUGGUUUUGCACACACAGAAGUGGAAGCUCUGGAGGAAGAAGUGAAGGAGAAGUGUGGCAUUCUGUGCCAGCUGGCUGGUGAGCUGAACGCCAUCGUUCUGAAGACCAUCAAAGCUGUGAUGAGAGACAGGAACCUCCUUGAGGAGCUGAGCGGGAAGAUGGAAGCAGUCCUCGAUGACCCCGAUAACUGUGAGCUGACAACACAGAGCCCAGACUUAGAAGUCCUGCUCAGCACACUUAAGGGUUCUCCACGCUGUGAUCUCCUCAGCCUCACAGAAGCCAUCUCCUACACUCUGGAUGCCUUCAGUGAGCUAACGGAGGAUCAGCUGCUGCUAUUGCUGGAGUCUUUGGAAGUGGAGAUUGUGCCCCAACAGCUUAAACUGGUGAGGAGCAUCCUGGAGCAGAGCGCAGAGCUCGGCGCUGCUGCCGGUUUGCUCUCCUCCUUCAGCGAGCAGCAGCAGCAGCAGCUGACCACGGCGGUGCUGGAGCUGAGCGGGGUGGAGCUGCAGGGGAGCGGCGCUGCCGUCUGCACAGAGGAAAGCUUCCCAUCGCUGUCAGCUCUGUACGCAGCCCUGCAUGCACUGCACUGCCUGGUGGGCGCCGGGGGUCGUUCUGCGAGGGCCGACUGAAAGGGAACGACCCGAUACGAUUAAAAAGCAAUCACACCAA